UACUGAUUAACUUGUCCUUCUGGGAAGCAGCUGCAGAGCAAACCUUGGUCAACCUUUGCACACUCCUCUCCAUUUUACAUACAAAGCUAAACUAAAUGCAGGAGAGGCUGAUGUGUACUGUGAGAGCGGACAGACAGCAGGUGAACUCGCUGAAGCUCGAGGAAACUACACAAACAGGUGAACAGCCUCAUUUGACUGCAACAAAGGGACAUGGGCUCAUAUUUCAACUCUAACAUAGGAUGAUGUUGCUGCCAAUACCUGUCACUUCUCAAUGAAGCAAGGAGUCCCCCGUCACUCAACCUUGCCACCUAGUGGAGAUUUGAAAGUUUAACAGAAAUCUUCCAGACAACUAUCUCCCUCAUCUGGGGAGAUGCCUGCCCUGCAAUAUUUUUCUCAGAUACCAUUUAUUUUUUACAUGCUGAAGACAACCCAACAUUAAGCAGCUAUUCACUAUCAGGUUGCUUAAGGACAAGAGGCUCUCAUAAGAAGGUCAUAAAAAAAUUAUAUUUGACUGACGUAUGUCACGUGUGAUAUGCCCACAUGAUCCAUUGCUAGAUGUUAAAGUGGAUGCUGCCCCAAAGCAAGUGCAUCCAACAAAAAGCUAAUUGAGUAACUUAGGAGAACUGCUCAAACAAAGAAAAGCCAGAUGGAACCACCAUCCCAUGCCAUGCUCUCUACAAUCACACCAACAGCAAUGCAAAAUGCCACUUUGACAACCCAGACAGCCAAGUAUAAAUCUCACAACUGGGAGUUCCUGGUGGCCGUUGUGGUCACAGCCGUCUCCAUCUCCAUUCUCAUCGGCCUGCUGGCUAAAUGCCAGGUGGUCCGGCGUUACCUGGCCAGCUACAGGCACACGCGGCUGACGGAGGUUGACACCGUCAGUCAGUGUGACCAUUCAGGCCUGGAGGUGGAAUUUGCCAUGAAUGGAGGACUUGGCAUUAACCCCCACUGCAUCCCCCCUGUUGGUGAGGAAGAUGAUGAUGGCUUCAUUGAGGACAACUACAUCCCGGCCAGUGAAAGAGCGAGGGCUGAAAGAGCAGCAGAGAACAUGGAGGACACGGAGGACACAGAAGAAGAAAUGGAUGACAUUGAAUUUACCAUCGGUUAGCAGGUCUGUCACUACAUCUCCUCGGCUGUAUACACAACGAAAAAAACAUUUCACUCCCUCCUUUCUCUAUUUCUGAGGAAGAUUCAUAUAGUCAUUGGCAAAAAGGGUUAUAAAAUGUUUUUAAAAAGCAUAACAAUUUAAAUUCCAAUGCUCAAGAGCAAUCCUAAUUUAAGGAAGCACAAAAAGCAUGGAUGUAAAAUGCAUCAUAAAAAUCCCAAUAAAAACACAAAUAUGUCAUUUAUGUCAACCCUUUCUACCAUGAUUUAGAUAACAAAAGCUGUCAUAGGCAUGUUUUUUGUUUUAUUUUGAGUGACAUUGAAAGGAAUCAAAUUAUGAAGCAACAAAGCUGUUUUCGAAAGGACUGAAAAAGAGAUCAAAGGGUCUUCUGUAAAUAUGAUCAUAAACCAAUCACCUUUGUAUCUGUUGAUCAGUUUGUGAAUGAUUUGAUUUGGUGAUUGAUUGUUAACUUGACAGCACAAGUUAGGAAAAACAAAGUCUGGUUCAAGCAAAAAAAACAAAACAAACUGUUGUGUUGAAUGUGAGCAGGAGCAUUUCACUACUGCUGCAUUUUUUCAGUGUCACUGUCACUAACAGUAUGCAUUUCAUAGUGCUCGCAGGGACAACACAAGGACAUUGUGACGCUCAGAGGUCACCAUCUUUUCUUCAUAAGUAUCAAUAUAUCUUUUUUUAUUAUUUUGUUACAACAUCAGAGUAAAUUGUUAUUUUUGCUUAUUUGGGCCUACAACGUGUCUUUUACAGAUGUGUGAACGUUCGCACAAAAGGUAUAACCACUGCUAUGAAAAAAAUUAAGCCAGCUCAAAUAGCAAGCAUUAGCCUGGGCCUUCCAGUAAUUACUUACCCUCCCCUUGGCUGCUAUAUUUAGAAUGAAAACGUUGGGCUACUGACUGGGCAUGUGCAUGAAUUCAAUUAAUUCACUCUGUAUAGGCUAUUUAUUGUAUUGUACACAGUGUGACUUCAAUUAAAAGAAAAAGUGUCAGGAGA